AUGCCUUCUUGGUGGGACUAUUUACAUUUCAAUAGACAGUACCAUAACAAGAGAAACUUAGAAGAAGGCCUUUUCCAAAUAGCAUCUCAAACUUGUAACAUUUUAGUCAAAGUCAACAACACCAACAACAUUAAUUUGACGAGAAAUGACAGAAGUGACGAGUAUGGGUGUGCGGGUCCACCUAAGGGGAAGAGUUCCAUGCAGAUAUGCGUCCCCAAGUUCAGGAAGAAUUCUAUCACGUCUGGCUGUAAUCCAGGAUUGUCGCUAGAUAAAGUACAAAAGGACAGUACUGAAGAAGAAUAA